ACGCAGCUUUUCACGCACACACGUGCUCGGAACAAAAUAAGCGCCUGAAACUGAACGGCAACGUAAAACGUACAUUCGUCCCGCUUUCUCCCAGGCCGCUGUCCUAUUUCAACAGGUUUCGCUUUUCAGCGGUUGCAGUAGAACGCGUGCCUGUAGUAACCCAGCACAAACAGUACGAGGAACACACGUCGUAUCCGAAAACUGAAAGCACAGUUUCACUGACAGUUCCGAUUUUACCUGACAUUCGGCGCCAUCGUUCACCUCUCCGCGCGCGAAUCGUGUAUUAAUACGAAAUUCACAAAUCGUCGGAUACGAUGUAGUGCGGUUUUAAACAAACUGUUGUGCCAAUAAAAUAAACCUAAUAUUUUGGACUUUUGUGUUGUUAAUGCGGCAUGAUGUAAGCAUUGGAUUUUUACUGUUUACCUCUUCAGUGUUGUGAGUACUAGUAGUGAGAAUGUAGAAUGUUUAUUUAGACUCAGUCAAGGUUGUGAUAAAGAAAUCGGACAGUUUUACAGACUUAUCAAUAAAAGUUGGGUUGUACUUUCUCGUUGUAUUUAACAUGCUGUUAAUGUCUUUUGACCAGGCGCUAAUUUUAGUAUUAUUUAAAUUUUAAUGGUUGUGUCUGAAGAACAAUUCUGUUAGAAUUCUUCCGGUUGUGAAUAAGUGACUCAAGAUUUAAUAAACUUGGUUUUGCUAAACAUGUGACAGUUUGUCGCGUACCCGAGCUUUAUGUAUUAAAUUAUAAGAAUGAGGGACGAUGGAGGGGCCACACCUGCGCCAUGAUGACUGCUGUUAAUUCGGUCGCAACAUCGCGGUUACCGCUGCCUCGGUUCUCCCCGCGUGCGGUGCUGAUGUACAGCGCUGCUGUCGGCGGCGAGGGUGUCGCACUGCAACUUAGGGAGGCAACUCCAGCUGAAAUAGAUGCGAGGCUAGACGAGCGGCUCGCGAUCGCCUGCCACGAGCCAGAGCUACUUGCGGACUUGUUACACGCUGCAGUUGAUAUUGGUGAGCACGAUGGUCUGACUGCUUUGCUGGGCGCUACUUCGCCUGAAUUUGCUUUGGCUUCUGACGCAUCGGACAGCCUGCCGCUACCUGAUAUCGAUAGAGACUGUAAAACACCAUCUCUAAGCGUCGACGGCAUCACGACAGUAUCAGUUGCUGUGACGGGUAUCGACUCUCGACCACUUGCGAGACCGAAGAUUAGGCCAAAACCAGCGUCACCGAAUCGGCAAGGCCCACAACAAUGCCAAGUGUGCAAUAAAGUGUUUGGCAACGCAUCUGCGUUAGCUAAACAUAAGUUAACGCAUAGCGACGAGCGCAAAUAUGUUUGCAUCACUUGCGCAAAGGCCUUCAAAAGGCAGGAUCAUCUUAACGGCCAUAUGUUAACACACCGAAACAAAAAGCCUUACGAAUGUAAAGCUGAUGGAUGCGGAAAGUCAUACUGCGAUGCCAGGUCCCUACGACGUCACACGGAAAACCACCAUCAUCCUGAUAAAAACGGCAGCAAAGAGAGCGCAAACGCUGAACGUGAGGCGACUGCUCGCGUCGCGUCACCCACGUCUCCAGCACGCGCUCUGCACUCUGACACCAGUAAUGGCUCCGAAAAGUCGAGUAUUACAAACUCGAGCGGAGACAGUUCGCCGCCCCGCACACCACCCACGCAGCCUGUUCCCGUCGCUCAAACGAUGCCGCCCAUCGCCGUGCGCCCAAAACCUAAACCAGUCAAACCUAAAUCGCUGACUCUGACACAACAAGCUAGUCCGAAAUGUGGCAGUGGGAAUUCAACCAACGGAAUUCCAAUUAGUACCAGCGUUUGUGGCACCAUCUCUCGAGCUGGUGAUGCUAAACCAGUUGAGUGCAACCUGUGCCAUCGAAAGUUUAAAAACAUACCAGCUUUAAAUGGACACAUGCGUCUACAUGGAGGUUAUUUCAAAAAGGAUUCCGACAAUAAGAAGCUAGACAAGAAAGAAUCAACUGGACCUCCACUGCAAACUGCGUCUGUCUCUGUUAGAGCGCUAAUAGAAGAAAAAAUUAUUAGCCGUCGUGGUGCUAUAACGUCGCAAGCGACAGGAGUAACAGAUUCAACAGCUCGUUCUGGUUUUGCGACGCCUGCACCACCUCCAUUAUCCAGCAUUCGUACGUCAGCAUCACCGGCUUCACCAGCUACAACUUCAGUACACUUUGCGUCGCCAAAAGUGCCACCAGUAGUUACGCUUGGUUCAAACGUAUCCAACAUCAAUACGGCGCAAAGGGAUUCAACCCUUAUUGAGCUUCUUAAGAAAGGAAACUCAAAGGUUGUGAAACGAUCGGCAUCCGACCCAGGCCAAUGCUCACCCCAACAAGAAUUUUCUUUUCGACCGGAACUAUUUGGAGUGUCAUUUAACUCGGACGAUGGGUACUUCUCACCGGCAUUAAAUGAAGACACAUUUCAUUUUACUACUACACCUGAUCACUUAGAAGAAUUAGCAUCACUGGAAGACUAUGCCACCGUAGCAGCAUCGAUACAUGAACGAUCGCCAGUUACUUUCCCGUCCAAUCGUCGUUUAGCUGCAGUACUGAAUUCUCCUUUACCAGAAUCAUUAGCGGAUUUUGGUGCUUGCCACGAUGGCACUGCUGUUCCAUCUCCAGGACUUCCUGGAUAUACAGAACAUUCUCCGAGCCUUUCGUACUCCACUGGUGAUUCACCGGGUGUAGCAUAUGCGGCGACUUCACCAAGUGGUAGUUAUUCAACGCAUCCGACGCCAUCUCCUGGUCUAACAUACCCUACACCUCCUGCUUCGUUGGAUGCUCAAUCGCCGGCUCAUACAGUUCCAAGAGCGUCAUCGCCACUCACGGCAGCUUUUUUUACGGCCACUAUGUCCAGUCAAGAAGAGGUAGAGGAGGCUCUCGAAGAAGUAUUACCGGACGAGUGUAGAGCACUGGACGUGUUUACUUUAAAUCCGUCGCCGACUGCACGGAGGAUGAUGCUCAACUCCGAAGAUCCGUUGCUAUCUAGCAGCCCUCGCGAUUUCCCCCAUUCGAGGUCUAUGCGACGUCAACGUUCGGCUACACCCAUUCCGACAUCUCUACAUCAAUGGCAAUCAGAGCAUAAUUCACUUCAAGUUUGUGUUGAAGGCCGUGAGGGAGUGCCUGCGGUGUUCCUCAGUCCAAACAGUAUACCACCUUCCCCGCAGCGAAGAAAACGAAAAGCAUCUCCUGCUGGACCGUACAGAUCACGAAUGCGUCGUGCGCCUACCCACUACACCCCACAGCCGAUACUUUCCCCUGAUAGAGAUGGGCCUGGGCUGUAUGUCGACUUUAUAAGCGGUAUAUCAGGUACGGAAGCAGAGGUGUUAUCUCAGUUUGAAGAUAACCAAACGCCACGUAUCAACAUCGGGGCAGAACAUCAGGCUGACAUACCGGAAUUGUGUUCCGAUCGCGUAGAUUUGCAUCGAGUGCCAGAACAACUUCUUUGGGACCCUGGCAUUAAUGAUGCGCUUGAAGAUAAUGAGGUUCGUAUGUUUAUGGAGCUAGCAAUGUGCGCAGCAAUGCCCGUAGGAGGCCAUACUAGAGAGUUCGCAUUACAAACUCUUGGUGAAUGCGGGGGUGACAUUCGCGCUGCUACACUUCGGCUUAUGUCUCGACCACCUGCGCCUGCGCAGCAUGAGGCCAGAUGGACUCCAGAUGAGGUGGAGGCUUUCUUGAAUGGGCUCGCGCACUAUGAUAAGGAUUUCUAUAGAAUUUCACAGUUGAUAAGAACAAAAGACUCAAAACAAUGCGUCCAAUUCUACUACUUCUGGAAGAAAGUGACCAAAGAUUACAAAACUCUGUAUUUACGGAGCUGGAGUGAUGCGCGACAACCACAAGGUACGUUCGUGCACGCUCCGAGUACUUCAUCUCCCACUUCCUUCGAGGGUGAAGAGUACCCGUGCAAAAUAUGUGGGAAAGUAUUUAACAAAGUAAAAAGUCGUAGCGCGCACAUGAAGUCGCACCGGCCACUCGACGCCGAGCCCAAACGGCCUAAACUCGAAAAACCUUAUGAAAAGGUCGAGGCUGACGAAAGGUCCCAAGCGACUGCCGAAUACAAAAAUAGGCCUCACUAUAAUUGAUUCGUUGCUCACUCAUUCCGCCCACGCGUCUUUUCGCCAACUAAUCAGAAUAAAUGUAUUUAUGUUCUGGUACAGCUUUGGCACAGCUAAUUAUAUAUCUACAGUUGGAAUAUUGUAUGUGUCAUUCUAUUAAAAACGUCUCUAUUGACUUAAAAUUACAAUUAAUGCGCUAAAUCGAAAUCUUCAGUAACUUGUUUUAAGAAUAAAAAUAUGUCACGGAAUGAAUUAUAAUUUUAAAGAUAUGAUAGAUUCAGUCACUUUCUAAUUACUAUAUAACAGUAUAUAAUCAGUUGUGCCGAAUCUGCAUCUAGCGCUGCCUCAGGACGCAAAACGCUGUGCACUGAUAACAAAAUAGACGCGAAAUGCUACAAUACUUAAGCAUUUAUUUGUUGUAAAUCUAGAUUUACUAAAGAUCUAGUACUAGAAGCUAGAUUUAGACGUGGAAUCGACUUUCAAAAUUGUAACGUUAAAGCAUUACUUUAAUGAUAUUUUGUAUACACAUGUUAUUAUAGGAAUCAGUCCUUAGACAGAAGACUUAUUAUAUUCACGUGUCGUUGUGACUUUCAGACUUAAAUGACAUUCGACAUGUCAGUGGCUGCCAUGUGACACGCGGGAAUAAGAAUUUUGCUAAAGGCUUUGGUGAAGUUUUUAUAUAACUUUCAAUGUGACUGCAAGUGUGAUGUUGUAAAUAUGUAGUAUUAGAUCUGUGGGCGAGCUAUUACCUAUGUGUAUAUGUAACAAGUACAUACGUGUGAUAAUGUUUGUGUAGUAACUACACUACCUCGUUUCUACAGUGCCAGCUCAGCUCACUGUACCGGCUUGUUUGCUCAUUUUUGUUAUGUUUAAGUAGAUGAAUUUGUUACGAUAUGUUGUGUUUCUUUUUAGCUAGACAAUUAACGGAAUUCAAUUUAGCGUCCGUGCCGAGAACUAGUCACAUAUCGAUCAGUUUUAGAGAAAUAUUGACAGAAUUUACAGAGGCAUCUGUGGGUAACUUAAAAUCUACAAGAUAUAAUUUUAACUAUAGUUUUUAAGCAGUGGAGAGUGUGAAUGUUAAAAGACAAAAAUAUAUUCAUUUUACUAUAAAAAGUCUGCCAAAUUAUUUCGGAAUAUAACAAUAAUAUCGGCCUAAAAUUAAUAUACAAAGAAAAACUUUAUUCCUAAAUCAAGUUAUCCACAGAACCAAUUUUAUAUAAAAAAAAAUUAAUGGAACGAUAUUUUUUUACACAAAUAUUCAUAAAAUGCUCAAAUGUUCUAUAUUUUACGUUGAUAAUUUUAUUAUCUUGUUCCUGUUAUUAAUUAUUUAUUGUAUACUCGAAUACUAAUUUAUGAAUGUACAUUAUUUUCUAUUAAUAUAAGAUAUGUACCUAAGUAUGCAUGUACCUACGUGUUGUGAUAAUUGGAUGUUAUAAUUUCCAUGUACCUAUACUUGAACUAUUUUAUGUACAAAUCUGGCAAUAAUAGAAUGCUCAAUUUCGCGUUGUUCAACUGCCUAUUUUAAACUCAUUUCAUCGCUGCCAAAAAGCCCAGUACUUGCGGUUGUGAACUUUUUAAAUUUCGUCUUCCGGUUAGAAUUGAUUUCCGGGCAGUAUUCCUUUAAAAAGACAUGUAAAUAGUUAUUGCGUGUACCUACGAUUGAAAUUGUUUCGGAAUAAGAUUUAAUGAGCGUUUAACGCUCCCAGUAUUAUUCAACAAUUUGUUGAAGGUAAUAUUUUGUAUAAGACGACCUGAGAAAUUACGGAUUAGCUGCGCUGGAGAUAUACCUACGUAUUGUCUGCACUCCGAUUCUUAGCAAUUAUUAUCAAAGCUGACGUAGGCGAUAGACUAAUCAUUGCGCGAAAAAUCGUAGUAGGACAGUAGACACUAUACUAUAUAGUCUUUCGUCUAUAUCGGCACUAAAUACCAAAGUGUGAAAUUUAGUUAAAAUGUAUUUAAUUUAGAAUAAGAAAUAUCCAAAAGCUAUGUAACACUAACUUGUGUGAUGAUUUGGUUGUGUUCUAUUUUAACAUAGACAAAUACUUAAAACAAAUAUAUCGCAUCAUUUGAAUAAGUAGAUGCCGUCGCCGUGCCAAACGAUUGCCAAAACUGUACUCUAAGUCUAGCUUUAUUUAUUAAUUACAAUUUCAUCUCUUUUAAAAUAACUAAUCCUUUUUAUUCUUAAAGUCAAAGACAACAAUAAUAUUAUUAUAGAUACAAACUCGGAUAUAAUUUUAUUAUCAUUAAAGAUUUAUAUUUCUUCAAAUUCUAUACACUAAGAGUAGCAAAUUUGCAUUACUUAAUCGCCAAAAAAAAUAUUGGUUGUGUUUACAUUAAUAAUUUAAAUAUUUAAACUUUUAGCUCUUAAUAAGUAGGAUUUAUUAUAUUUUGGAAAUAAAUCAGAGAUUCUUAACUGUACUUCUACAAAAUUAUAACGAUUUAAGGAAAAGUCCCUCCAAAGAAACUUCUUAGCUAUUAAGACUGAAUGCUAAUUCAAAUUCAUUUUCUAGAAAAUUUUCUCUUCUAUGCUUGUAGACAAAAAUAUUAGAAUGAAAAUUAUAUAUUUGUGUAUAACGGCACAAACACGAUCGUUGUAAAAAUGCAAGAAAACGAGCGUGAAAAGUAGUCACAAUUGCAGUAGCGUCACACAUCUGCGCAAGAAGCACUUGACUAGGUUUUUCUGGGAAGUGAGUCAAGUGUUUGAAUAGUUUUAUGUAGUAUAAUAAUAAAUAAUAUCUACUUUAUUUUAUCAUUGUAGGUAUAUCGCAGAGCUAAUCCCAUUCCAUGUGCCAAAACUAGUCAGGGUGUAGCUUUAUAAUACCCUAAUGAGUCAUUUUCAUCAUAUUAUUUUAAACAAUGAAAUCGCAUUCAUUAGAAAAUUUAAAACAAAUACCUAUUACAAAAAUAUUAAAAUAAGUAUUAAAUUAUUUAUAAGAUCAAUUGAGAAAUAGAGUGAACUAUCUUAUUUCAAUUUAAACAUAGAAGUGCCUUACGAUUUUACUUUUGUACUAUUAUUAUUUUGAUUGUUUUCGUUAAAGAUGUCAUAAAAUAACUACGAAACACUGUUUUGCAUUUAUUUAAUUGCGCAUGUAUUCUGUGCAAAGUGCCAAUAUAAGAUGGCGGACUUAGUUAUUAAAAUUACAAUAUAAAUAUACAUCGACAGGUAGGAAAAAUAAAAUCAUGUCAAUUUAUCGUAAACUAAUGUUAAAAAGUUUAAGACUCGUAGGGAGCGCAAGUCCUUUUGUUAUUAAUCCUAGAUGCAUUCCUCACUUUUCUAUUCCCUGCUUAGUGUUUCAUUUCAAAUAUGUGUAUAUGUAUAUAUUUAUACGUAUCUAAUAUAUUUAAUGUCAUUAACACUCAUAAAUGUUAAUAAGUAUAAAAUUAUAAACCUAGUAAUUAUAUUUUAUAAACCUAAGUGGAUUAUAUUCUUCUAAUUUUGUAUUGAAAAUUUUUACGAAGGGCAACUUUCACUAUGCAGUGCUACCAUUGAGGAAAUAAGCGAACAAAGAUAAUCACCACCAUAGAGUAAAAAGUAAUUCUAUCCGAAUUUCAAUAGACUACUUAAAUAAUACUUAAUUGGUAGGACUGCAUCAAAUAAUACGUACUUAAUACGUUUAGUGUAAUAGUAGAAUGUAAAUGAAACGUGCCAAAUGCACGAUAAUUUGAUAUUACACUCUGUGUUGUGAUUUUGAACGUUCUGUAAAUUACAAAUCUUUGAAAUACUAUGAGAAAAUUGUAGUCACCUUCUAGAUUAGCGCAAUUCUUCGCGUAGAAAUGUUAGGACAUUAAAGUAUGGACAUUUAGAUUAUAGAUAUUCAUUGGGAAGAUGUAAAUGUAUUAAUUAUUAAUUCUAGAUUCAUUGUUAUAUUGAAUGUGAUGAUUUGUAAUCAACAACGACACGCUAAGUCCUCGCCUGGCCUGAGCCACGGCGACUUCACAACUUCGCAUAUCCUUGAAACAAUAAGUAAUUAAAAAAACUAUUACAUAUAUAUUGAUAAAUUUAUUAGGGUAACUAAUUUUUUAAGACAAUCACAAUUACGUGAUCUUUUAGAUUGUCUUUAUUAAUAAAUAUAUGGUGAAGGUUU